AUGUCCCCGUCCUCUCCUUCCACACGAUGGUCAGAGUCCCAGUACCUGCGGAGGCGGUCGUGGAGUGAUGAAGCCGGCAACCAGCGGUGGGGAUCAGAAUACAAGGAGGAGACUCCUACAGAGACAGAUGUGAGAGGCGAUGAGGAAUACAAGGAGGAGAUUCCUACAGAGACAGAUGUGAGAGGCGAUGAGGAAUACAAGGAGGAGACUCCUACAGAGACCGAUGUGAGGAGCGAUGAGAGAUACAAGGAGGAGACUCCUACAGAGACAGAUGUGAGGGGCGAUGAGGAAUACAAGGAGGACAUUCCUACAGAGACAGAUGUGAGGGGUGAUGACCAGUGUAAGGAGGACAUUCCUACAGAUAAGAGCCCAGAUGACUCUACUGGGAGCUCAGAGGGACAAUUUAUAUCUGCAGAUUAUAAUGCAGAUGAUCCGGGUGUCACAUCAGAUACAUAUGAAGAUUGUGCCAUUAUCCCAGAUGUACCAUCCACCCUUCACAGCAAAACUCUGUCAUCUGAUCCUUUAAAACAAAUCCAAUCUUCGGAUUCAUCACAGACCGUUAACCAGAAUGCAAGCCGCAAAAGGGGUGUUGGAGCCCAAAGAGCUCAGAAAGGGAAGAAGUCAUAUCCAUGUUCAGAAUGUGGGAAAUGUUUUACUCACAAAUCGGAACUUGAGAGGCAUCAGAGAGUUCACACGGGAGAGAAGCCGUAUUCAUGCUCAGAAUGUGGGAAAUGCUUUAGCCAUAAAUCAAAUCUUAUCACACAUCACAGAAGUCAUACAGGAGAGAAGUCAUUUUCAUGUUCAGAAUGUGGCAAAUGUUUUACUCAGAAAUUAGAACUUGAGAGGCAUCAGAGAGUUCACACGGGAGAGAAGCCGUAUUCAUGCUCAGAAUGUGGGAAAUGUUUUACUCUGAAAUCAAAUCUUAUCACACAUCACAGAACUCAUACAGGAGAGAAGUCAUUUUCAUGUUCAGAAUGUGGCAAAUGUUUUACUCAGAAAUCAGAACUUGAGAGGCAUCAGAGAGUUCACACAGGUGAGAAGCAAUAUUUUUGUUCAGAAUGUGAAGAAUGUUUUGCUAGAAAAUCAAAUCUUCUUUUACAUCAAAGACGUCACACUGGGGUAAAGCCAUAUUCAUGUUCGGAAUGUGGGAAAUGUUUUACUCAGAAAUUUUCUCUUGUUGUCCAUCAGAGAAUUCACACAGGGGAGAAACCGUAUUCAUGUACAGACUGUGGAAAAUGUUUUACUUCUCAAUCAGAAUGUGUUAAACAUCGGAGAAUUCACACAAAGGAGAAACCUUUUCCAUGUCUUGAGUGUGGGAAAUGCUUUAGCCAUAAAUCAAAUCUUAACAAACAUCACAGAAGUCAUACAGGAGAGAAGUCAUUUUCAUGUUCAGAAUGUGGCAAAUGUUUUACUCGGAAAUCAGAACUUGAGAGGCAUCAGAGAGUUCACACGGGAGAGAAGCCGUAUUCAUGCUCAGAAUGUGGGAAAUGUUUUACUCGGAAAUCAAAUCUUAUCACACAUCACAGAAGUCAUACAGGAGAGAAGUCAUUUUCAUGUUCAGAAUGUGGCAAAUGUUUUACUCAGAAAUCAGAACUUAAGAGGCAUCAGAGAGUUCACACAGGUGAGAAGCAAUAUUUUUGUUCAGAAUGUAAAGAAUGUUUUGCUAGAAAAUCAAAUCUUCUUUUACAUCAAAGACGUCACACUGGGGUAAAGCCAUAUUCAUGUUCGGAAUGUGGGAAAUGUUUUACUCAGAAAUCAGAACUUGAGAGGCAUCAGAGAGUUCACACGGGAGAGAAGCCGUAUUCAUGUUCAGACUGUGGUAAAUGUUUUACUCAGAAAUCUUCUCUUGUUGUCCAUCAGAGAAUUCACACAGGGGAGAAACCGUAUUCAUGUACGGACUGUGGGAAAUGUUUUACUUCUCAAUCAGAUUGUGCUAAACAUCGGAGAAUUCACACAAAGGAGAAGUCAUUUCCAUGUCUUGAGUGUGGGAAAUGCUUUAGCCAUAAAUUAAAACUUGUCAAACAUCAGAGAAUUCACACAGGUGAGAAGCAAUAUUUUUGUUCAGAAUGUGAAGAAUGUUUUGCUAAAAAAUCAAAUCUUAUUUUACAUCAAAGACGUCACACUGGGGAGAAACCGUAUUCAUGUUCGGAAUGUGGGAAAUGGUUCACUCACAAAUCAAAUCUUAAUAAACAUCAGAGAAUUCACACAGGUGAGAAGCCAUAUUCAUGUUCAGAAUGUGAGAAAUGUUUUACUAAGAAAUCAAGUUUUGAGAAACAUCAGCAAAUUUGCACAAAGGAGAAGCCGUAUUCAUGUUAAGAAUUUGGAUGGUGGGGAAGAGAAAUAAAAGUGCAAAAAAUGGGAAAUGGUUGCAGUGGGAAGGGGUUAUAAAUUAAAGGAAAUGUGGUGGGUGUGGAGCUCCCCUAUAGGAUGCUUUCUGCUUAGAGAUGAGAGAAUUUGUUUAGCAUUUCCCAAAAAUUCAUCUUCCGAAUCUCUUAAAAUGGUGUCCUCAAUCUGAGGAUCUGAAGACAGCAUGGCGGGGAGGAUGAAGAAGGUAGAUCACAUGAACCCGGCGG